AGGGAAGAGCGGGAAGACAAUGUCCUCCAACAGCAAGGAGAAUCUGUUCAUAUGUUUUCUGGUGACACUUUGGUACUCUUCAAACAUUGGUGUGAUCCUUCUCAACAAGUACCUGCUUUCAAACUAUGGGUUCAAGUUCCCCAUCUUCCUCACAAUGUGCCACAUGUCAGCCUGUGCUGUUUUCAGCUAUAUCUCCAUUGUGUUCUUCAAGGUGGUGCCUCAGCAGAUGAUCAAAUCGAGGUCCCAGUUCAUGAAGAUUGCAACUUUGAGUCUUGUCUUCUGUGCCUCUGUUGUGGGUGGCAACAUAUCCCUCAGGUACCUCGCCGUGUCCUUCAACCAGGCGGUCGGGGCAACCACACCCUUUUUCACUGCUGUCUUUGCCUAUUUGGCUACCCUUAAGAGAGAGGCUUGGGUUACGUAUGCUGCCCUUGUUCCUGUUGUUGCUGGGGUUGUCAUUGCAAGUGGGGGUGAGCCAGGGUUUCACUUAUUUGGAUUCGUUAUGUGCCUUAGUGCUACCGCUGCAAGAGCUUUCAAGUCUGUCCUUCAGGGCCUUUUACUUUCUUCUGAAGGGGAAAAGUUGAACUCGAUGAAUUUGCUCCUGUACAUGUCUCCAAUCGCAAUCCUAGUUUUGUUACCUGCAGCUCUUAUCAUGGAACCCAAUGUGGUAGAUGUCACACUGACGCUUACAAAGGACCAUAAAUCUAUGUGGCUUCUUCUUUUUCUUAACUCUACCACAGCAUAUGCAGCAAACUUAACAAACUUCUUGGUGACUAAACAUACCAGUGCUCUCACACUCCAGGUUUGCCUCUUUGUCACUACUACAAAUUGUGAAACAUGUUUAGUUAAAA